GAUCCUCUUUACUUGUAAAUUAAUGAUUAAGGUCAACUUCUCUCGUUUUCUUGCUUUUUCCUCUUCUCUUCGUCUGGGUGUCUUGUUUCUCGAGUGCAAUAAUGAGUUCAAUUACAUAGCAACCGCUGACCAACAACAACAUCAACAAAUAAAACUGCGAAGAAGUUGAAGAGACAAGUACGAAAAAGUGUGUACAUCCUGCCGAUAAGUUUUGUGAUCCUUUGUCUGCCGAGUGAAUACAUUUUGCGUUGCCAUGACGAGUACUAAGCUGAUGAUGUCCAAUGGAUGGAUACAAGCCGCAGAAGAGAUGAAAAUACGCGAUGAGAAUCUUUUAGAUGCUGUCGCUAAAACUGCUACCAGAGAACUUAGAGAAGAUGAGUCGACGCGCAGACAAUGCCUUAGGGCCUUCAGGGACUGGGUCAAAGCUCAUCAGGACAUCGAAAAUUGCUUAACUGAUGAUAGUUUCUUGCUGCGAUUUCUGAGGGCCAAAAAGUUCAGCAUUCCUAUGGCCCAGCAAACACUUCUCAAGUACUUAAAUUUACGUAAGAAAUUCAAACAUAUUUUCUAUGAUCUGGACUGUCAAGAUACCAAGGUAAACGAGCUUAUGGAUAAGGGAUACAUUUUUGCGAGUCCAUACAGAGAUAAUUUCGGAAGAAGGGUGAUUCUAACAAUUGCAAGUAAAUUGGAUCCUAACAGAUUUACGAGCACCGAUAUGGCCAGGGCCCAUAUAAUCACCUACGAGACUUUGUUGGACGAGGAGGAGAAUCAGAUUUUAGGAUUCACCUACUUCGGCGACGGCGCCAAAGUUGGCGUCGGACACGUGUCGAUGUGGUCUGUGACCGAGUUUGCGACCCUCAUGAAAUGGGGCGAGCAAUCCUGUCCGAUACGGCACAAAGCGUUGCAUAUCAUUAACCUGCAGUCUACGUUCAAGUACGUCAUAGAGUUUGCUGCGAAUCGUGUUAGCGAAAAGUUGCGAGACAGAUUUAAGCUGCAUAGUUCGGUGAACGAGAUGCUCCAGUUUCUUCCGGCGGAAGUCCUCCCGAAGGAGUACGGCGGUAUAAUGCCGAUGGCUGAGAUGAUUGCCUUGUGGAAGAAGGAGCUGGCCUCCAAAAGGGAGCGUCUGCUUUCCUUCGAUGCUAUGAAUUUACUUAGUGAUCGAUGCAUAAUGCGCCGCCGGAACAGGUCGACCGAUAUUGAAACUCUUCAGGGCAGUUUCCGGAAAUUGGAGGUGGACUGAGGAUGCUUUUGAUCUCUUCCAUAUAGCAGCUCCCAUAUGCCUACGAGUUCUUUGAUCGUCUAUAUUUUUUUUCAUGAUUAAAUCAGAAGGAAAAAAAUAACAUCGCACAUAU